UCCUACAUCGACGACGUCUCACCAACGAGUGAGUAGUAAUCACAGAGAAAAUAGAAAAGGGGAAGGAAAAGUUUGCGUUAGAUCUAAGAGAAGAGAAGAGAAAAAUUACCCACCACUACCCAGCCACGACCAGACCAGACCUCACCCAAUAAAAAUUAGAACGACGAAUCUCAAGCGUCCUUCCUUCUCAAUCUAUUUUGGAUCUCUCACACUUUUAACAAACGCCGUCGCCAGAUCUAGCCGGAGCUACACGUAUUCUGAGUGUAAUGGAAAUUGGAACUGGCGGGAGGUAAUUUUGGACAGUUUAUAGUCUGAAUUAGUGGAUCGGAUGGACAAGAAUAAGAACCGUACCGAUCUGCUUGCCGCUGGCAAAAAGAAGCUUCAACAAUAUCGCCAGAGGAAGGAUACUAAAGGGACUGGAAAUCAUGGAAAAUCCACAAAAAGGUCUAGUAAAUCAGGGCAGCGUGAAGCUGAUGUUGGGUCAACUGCUGAUAAAACUAUGACCAUGUCUUCAGUCGAAGGGGAAAUUACUUCUCACUUUGAUUCUGAUCCUUCGGCAAUUGGUUCAUCAACUUCCCAUUCUGUAGAGAAUGUAGCUUCUGGAAGUGAGGUUGCUGUAGUUGAUCUAUCUGCAGUUCCCAGCACACCAGAGUAUAGCAUGGAUGAAACAUUAACAGCCCAUAAUGAGUUAUCUACACCAAAGGUAUGGGUUGGUGAGCGUCUUGUUGACUCUUUAGUCCAACCUGAAGGGACAAGUAUUGGAGUUGAGGUGGCAGGAGUUCCGUGCUCAGAUACAUCAGAUACUGUGAACUCUGGCAGAGAAACUAAAUGCGAUGAAAUUUCUGUAUCAAGUGAUUUGCUCACUAAGCCCGUAUUAGUUGAAUCUACAGGAGUAACAGUUUAUGCAAAAUUACGAUGUGAUAGUUUGGAAGACAAUUCAUUGCCUUCACGAGCAAGUUUUGUGGAUUCUGAAUAUGAAUCGCUGCCUUUGAAAGAUGAUAAUCCUGAUAAAUCCUUGAUGCAAGCAAGGGAAGAUCAGGUAACAGAUGUAGGGGCAAUGCAGGAAGCUGAUGGUUUGGAUGGGAGGCAAUAUAAUUACAACAGUGAAAUAGAGCUCAAGGGAGAUGUCAAAUUUCCUUCAUCUGAGGUUGAUGGAAGCGCUGAAGCUUUUUCUGGGAUAUCCUUAGAAGAGACUAGUGUGAACAAAUCAUGUGAAGCUGAUAAUAAUGGUAAGGUGGAUGAAGUCUCUAUUUCGGAUGGUGCAAACAUUUUGGAAGAGUUUCCAGGUGAUGGUUUGCCUUUAUCUGAGGUAGAUAUUUCAUGUGUUAGUCUUGCUGUGGCAAAUCAGCAAAGAACGGGUGCUGUGAUGGGUUCAUUUCUUGAAGGGAAGAGUAGAGAUUCACUGAAGACUGAUGAUCUUGGAGAAGGAAGUACAGAGAGGGUUCAAAAUGAUACAGGAGAUAGGAGGGUUGUACAGGUACAUACUCAGCAACAUAUGCUGGACAGCCUUGAAAAGCCUAAGGAAACCGAUUUGGCGAGUUCGGCCCGAGAGUGGAGUGUAUCUCCAGGUUCAGUUUUGAGCUCAUUUGAUCUCUCUCAGCUCAUGGAUUUGGUUAAGGGUCUUAGUGAAGAAGAAUACAAUCUUCUAGUUAAGUCUAGAGAACCAAUUUCCAGUGCUGAACUUGGGACUGUCAAUUUGAAAAUGGCUGACUCAGGUUUUUCUAAGUUGCUGGAGAAGCUUAAAGAAGAAUUAUUUCUCACGAAUUGUACGAAAGAUAUUCUCCAUUUGCAACUUGCUCUGCAGUCUGAGCUACAAGGUGAGUUUGAUUACCAGCAUCAUGAGUUAGUAUCUAUGCUUAGUGCUUCACUUAAAGAAGCUAGUGAAAAGAAUCAAUUUCUUGGAGAAGAGCUUUUGCAGUGCAGAUGUGAGCUACAGGCUGCUGUUGGUGCAAGGGGGGAAUUUAAAAAAGAAUUUCGUACUUCACAGGCUGAGGUUGAAGGCUUACCUGCCAGAGCAUACGAGUUGCAAAUCAAUCUUGAAAGGUCACAGGGGGAUUUGUUGAGCCUCUCAACAGAGUUAGCUGACUGCAAGCAAUUGGUGGCAUCUUUACAGGUGGAAAAUGAGAACAUGAAUGGAGCUCUUGCUUUAGUAACCAAAGAGAAAAAGAUACUGAGGGAGGAAAAGGACCAUCAUUUUGAGGAAAAUGAGAAGCUUGUAAUAGAAUUAGCAGACUGCAAGGGAUUGGUGUCUGCUUUACAGCUAGAAAGUUCCAACUUAAGUACAAAUCUGUCUUUAGCAGCAGAAGAGAGAAAGAUGCUUGAAGAGGAGAAGGAGCAUUUAGGCCAUGAGCAUGAGAAGAUAUUAACAGAAUUUGCUGACUGUAAAGAAGUGGCCUCAGCAUUGCAGCUGGAAAAUUCUAGCUUAAAGGAGAGCCUUGCUCUUGUAACAAAAGAGAGAAAAAGGCUUGAAGAAGAUAAGAAGUACUUUGCUCUUGAAAAUGAGAGGCAUUUGAUUGACCUUGUUAGUCUUCAAGAGCAGUUAUCCACUGAACAAAGGGAACGAGAGAGGGUUGGAGUUGAUUUAAAAGAAGUGACAUCAUGCCUUGAACAACUAAUGGAGGAAAACAUUUUUCUUUCUAGCAGUUUGGACAUCCAUAAAGCUAAACUAAUAGAGGCAUCAGAUAGCAACAGAAUUGAAAUGCCGGUUCAAAAGGAAGAUUGGCAUCAGGUUGAAAUUUCAGAAGUACGAAGCCGGGAUGGUGAGAAUGUAAGUGCUGGUGAAGAUUCUUACUGUAUUUUGGGGAAGCAAGUCGAUGAAGUUUUCUCUUACACCCCAAAGCCUCUCUCUGAUGAUAAUGCAGGAAGAACUCCAUACAUACUUUCCGAAAAGGGGGUUUUUGACGAUUCCUUGGGCUUUGUAGCCUUGAAGGGACACUUGGAUGAGGUAGAGAAAAUAUUUCACAAACUUGAAAAAGCCAUUGAAGGGGUUCGGGCUUACUCUGCAUCAUUAAGCAAGCCAGGUGGUAAGUUGGCUGCACCUGGGGUGUCUAAAUUGAUUCAAGCUUUUGAGUCAAAGGUGCAUCUUGAUGAGCAGGAAUCAGAGGGAGGGCCUCCAACAGAAAAUCAAUCAACAGCAGCAGAUCCGUUUGUGGUAGUGGAAGAGGAAAUUAGAAAUUUAAAAGAGUUAUUUAAGCAAUUGGUCUUGGAUGCUGCUGAUGCUUUUCUAAUGUUCAAGGGUAAAAGUGAUGGGAGGAGAACUGCUGAUAUCAAUGUUAGGGAGCUCAAGGUUCAACAUGAAGCCUUGACGGAUCACAGCAACAAUUUGGAAGCAGCCAACAUUGAACUUGCAGUUGUUUCAGAAGUUUUAAGGCAACACGGGGGCACCAUUGAAGCAACAAACAAUGAGCUAUUAGUUUUAUGUGAAGCCACUAAGCAAGAAGUUACUGAUCUCAAAGCAGAAAACACUGAUCUUUGUUGUAAGCUACUAGCAUAUGAAUCCAGAAUUGGUGAUUUGCAGAGUCAAUUGUAUAAUUUACAGCAAACUUCAAAUGAGAUGGCAACUGUGUUUGGUAAUCACUUGGAUGAUUUGCAGAAAGAGGUUUCUGGGAGGACAUUAAUUAUUGAAGACUGGAAUUCUACUCUUGCUCAGAUUUGUGAAAUAGUUCAGAAGCUUGAUGGAUCCCUUGGGAGUUUUGCUUCAAAAGCAUUUGUCCCUGAUGACGGAUUGGAUGUUGUAAGCCAUGUUGCUUCUUCAGUCAAUGCAGCCUCCAAAUUGUUUGAAGAUAUGCAGAAGAAGCUUGAAGCUUCUCAAAUUGACCAUGAAGUUAUUUGUGUGUCAUACAAAGAAGUGAACGAGCGGUGUGAAGAGCUGCAUCAGAAAAAUGAUCUGGCAGUUGGCUUAUUGCAGAAACUACAUGGCGACCUUAGAAAACUUGUGCUUUCGCAUGGAUCUCUGGAUGAAAAUGAGAUAAAAGUAGAAAAUGAGGUGCUUUCAGAUCCGCAAGAUUAUAGUAUCUAUGAGACAUUUAUGGGGCAGCUGGAGCAUUUUCUGAGUGAAAGACAGGAACUUGAGUCUGUUAUUGAGAAAUUGAAUUUGGAGUUGGUAAAUAGAAGAUGGGAAUUUGAGGAACUGAAUAGAGGAUGCAUUGAUGAAAAUGUGAUCUGCAAGUUAAUUGAAGAUGCUCGGGGUAUUCUUAAAGAGGAAGAUAUUGAGAUUUAUGUAAAUAAAUCACCUCCUUUGUAUUUUGAAUCAUUGGUCUCUAUUCUUAUUCAGAAAUUCAAGGAGGCCCAUCUGCAGUUAAGCUUAAUUCAGGAAGAAAAUAGAUCCAAGGUGAUGAAAUUUGCGGAACUGCAGCAAGAAAUACAGCAUUUAACUGCCUUCUGUCUUCAGCAUGAAACUGAAAUGCUUGUUCUCAAGGAAAGUUUUUGCCAGGUAGAGGAAGCUCUAUUUGCUACUGGUUCUGAAUUACAAAAGAAAGCAAGUGAACUUGAACACUCAGAGCAACGUGUAUCAUCCAUUCGAGAGAAGCUCAGCAUUGCUGUCACUAAGGGGAAAGGUCUGGUCGUGCAGCGGGAUGGUCUAAAGCAGUCCCUGGCAGAGACAUCUAGUGAACUUGAGAGAUGCUCACAGGAGUUACUGCUAAAAGAUGCCAGGCUUCACGAGAUGGAAACAAAACUGAAGACAUAUUCAGAGGCUGGUGAGCGUGUGGAAGCUCUUGAAUCCGAGCUUUCAUACAUUCGCAAUUCGGCUACUGCGCUUAGAGAGUCAUUCCUUCUCAAGGAUUCUGUCCUUCAGAGGAUAGAAGAGAUCUUAGAAGACCUCGAUCUGCCAGAGCAUUUUCAUUCCAGAGAUAUCAUUGAAAAGGUUGAUUGGCUAGCAAAGUCAGUUGCUGGUAAUAGUUUGCCUCCUACUACUGAUUGGGAUCAGAAGAGUUCUGCAGGAGGAGGUUCAUUUUCUGAUGCUGGUUUUGUCAUGAUGGAACCUUGGAAGGAUGAUUUACCGUCAAAUUCAAAUUCAGGUGAAGAUUUAAAAAGAAAAUUUGAGGAGCUUCAAAGUAAGUUUUAUGGUAUUGCCGAACAAAAUGAAAUGCUGGAGCAAUCUUUAAUGGAAAGGAACAAUUUAGUUCAGAAAUGGGAAGAGCUUUUGGAUAGGAUUGAUAUGCCAUCACACUUGCGGUCUGUGGAACCAGAAGAUAGGAUUCAGUGGCUAGGAAGAGAACUUUCGGAGGCACAUCAUGAUACCAUUUCUCUCCAGCAGAAGGUUGAUAACCUGGAAAACUACUGUGGAUCUCUAAAUGCUGAUUUGGAAGGCUACGAGAGUAGGAUAUCCGUUCUUGAGUCAAACCUGAAAGCUAUUACACUAGAGAGGGAACAUCUUUCGGAAAGAUUGGAGAUCCUGAAUCAUGAUUAUGAUAAACUUGUAGCAAAGGCACAGAGCGAAGUAACAAGUUUUCAGGAGAACCAUGAGAUGCUUGCAAGGAAGGCCAAUGAGUUUGAACUCGAUAACAGAAGGCUGCAGAAUGAAGUAGAUGAUCUUCAGAAGCGGGUGGCUGAGAUGGUUGGAAAUGAGGAACGCAUUAUUAUUGUUGAAGGAGAAAUAAGAAGAUUACAGAGUUUGGUUAGUGAUGUGCUGCAGGAUCCUGGAAUAGAAGAUCAAAGUUCUUCUGGUAGUAACAUUGAGUACUUCGAAAUGUUACUGAGGAAGCUUCUAGAGAACUAUGUAAAAUUUUCGACUAUAAGACCUGUACUUUGUGGUGGAAUUGAUGGGCUUCAGGCAGAUGUGAUGACCACAGAGGCAGCUAGGAACUUGAGCAAACCCGAUGAUGGGGAGUCGGAUAAAGUUAUCUUGAAGAAAGAGCUUGAGGAAGCUUUGCAUGAGUUGAUUCUUGUGAAGGAGGAGAGAGACGUAUUUGUUGAGAAGCAACAAUCUUUGGCCCGUGAAAUUGAAGCUCUGGUUAAAAGAAGGGAGGAGUUGGAAUUACUUCUAAAUCAGGAGGAGCAGAAGUCAGCUUCUGUGAGGGAGAAGUUGAAUGUUGCAGUUAGAAAAGGGAAGUUAUUGGUACAACAGCGUGACAGUCUGAAACAAACCAUUGAACAAAGGAAUGCCGAAUUGGAAAAUUUAAAGUCUAAGGCUAAAACCCAAGAAAAUAAACUUGUAGAAUAUGAUAAGAAAUUUAAGGAGCUGUCCAUGUAUCCAGAAAGGGUUGAUGUCUUAGAAUCUGAGAUUCUGUUCUUAAGGAAUCGUUUCACAGAAAAUGAGCAGCAUUUGCAGGAGUCAGGAUCUGUAUUGAGCAUGAUUUCAAAUACUUUAGCUGAUUUUGAUGUUGGAGAUGGAGUUUAUGCUGCUGACCCAGUCAAGAAAUUGGAGCAAUUUGUGAAACUGUGUCGUGAUAUGCGUGCUGAUAUGGCUUCUUUAGAAGAAGAGUCAAGAAAAUCUAAACGAGCAGCAGGACUGCUUCUUGCAGAGUUGAAUGAAGUUCAAGAGAGAAAUGAUAGUCUUCUAGAAGAACUAGCAAAUGAUGCUGCUGAACUUUCUGAACUCGCAAAGGAGAGGGAUCUAGCCAAAGAAGCCAAACUUGAAGCUCUCUCACGUCUUGAAGAGUUAUAUAAUGUUCAUUCUUUGGAACAGAGAAAUGGAUUUUCUGAACUUGAAGGUUUGAAAUCUGGUGUAGAUCUACUCAGGAAAGGUUUUCAUGAUGUUAGCAAGCUACUUUCUGAUAUCUUCUCAAAAGAUUUGGAGUUGUUGCACAACCUAGAGUCUGGUAUCGGCAAGUGUCUGAAACCAACCAAUGCUACUGAUGUGGAUAACUUGCCUCUUUUUAGUGCAUCCAUCUUUAUGACUAGCGAUUCAGAUGGCAAGGAUCGGUAUUCUUCUAAGGGUUCAUGGUUAGACUCCAUUUUGCAUGAUAGUUUUGAAGACAGUUCAGUAGCUGAAAUCUGUGGUUAUGUUGGGCAUCAACUGGAAGAACUCAUGAUUGAGGUUGGAGUUCUUAAAGAAAAAUUGCGGAGCCACAUGAGUUCAUUACAUGAACAAGCUAGCAGUUUCUCUAAGUUAAUGGUGGUUGCCCAUAGAGAAACAAUUUCCCAAUGCGAGUUGUAUGAAGCCAUGAAGAGAGACAUUAUAAGUAAAGAAUCAUCUGAAAAAGAAAAGGAAAAGGAAUUUGUUAUGUUGCAGAAAAGUAUCGCUUUGUCUUUGGAAGCAUUCUCCAAUUUGGUUAUGGAAAUUGAAAAGGCUAAAGCUGAAUUACUUGGAAAUAAUUAUGGUGUUGGGGAUCAAGGUAUAACCUUUAAAUCAGCGGGUUACCUUUCCUAUGAGGAAUCUAUUAAAACCAUGGAAGACAAGCUAUUGUUCGCUAUCCGGGAUUUUGCUAGGAUAAAAGCUGAAAUUGUGGAAGGUAGCCAAAAUCAACUGAAGACUGUUGUUGCAUAUUUGCAAAAAGAGCUUCAGGAGAAAGAAGUUUCGAAGGAAAGAAUUUGCAUGGAACUUGUAGGUCAAAUCAAGGAAGCUGAAGCUGCAGCAGCACACUAUUCACUAGAUCUUCAAUCUUCCAGAAGUCAGAUUGAUGAUUUGGAGAAAAAUCUUCACGUCAUGGAGCAUGAAAGGAAUUUACUAGAACAGAAAAUGGAGGAGUUACAAAAUGUGCAUGCAACAACAUCUACAGAAUUACAGCAGAGGGUCAGAUCACUCUCUGAUGUGAUUAAUGCCAAAGAUCAAGAAAUCGAGGCUUUAAUGCAAGCACUAGAUGAGGAGGAGUCACAGAUGGAAGAUCUCAAGAAAAAGAAAGAGGAACUAGAAAAGACUUUGCAGCAGAAGAACCUACAUUUAAAGAAUGUUGAAGCGUCUCGUGGAAAGGUUUUGAAAAAGCUUUCCACAACGGUAACUAAGUUUGAUGAGCUUCAUCAAUUAUCUGCCAGUCUCCUUGCCGAGGUUGAAAAACUUCAAUCACAAUUGCAAGAUCGGGAUGCAGAGAUAUCUUUCUUACGGCAGGAGGUCACUAGGUGCACAAAUGAUGUUCUUGUAGCAUCACAGCUAAGCUACAAGAGAGAUUCAGAUGACAUUCAUGAGUUUUUGGCAUGGUUUGAUACUUUGAUUGCUAAUGUUGGGAUGCAGAAUGUUCAUCCUGAUAUUAAAAAUAAUGAUCAUGUUAUUGAACACAAGGAUUUACUUAAAAAGAAGAUUGAGUCUUUUGUGUCAGACUUCACAAUUCUACGUGAAGUGGCUCAAAGCAAGGAUACAUUAUUUCAAUUAGAAAGAAGUAAGGUGGAUGACUUAACACGCAAAGGUGAAAUUCUGGAGAGAUCUUUACGUGACAAGGAGUCACGCUUAAGUUUUAUUGAAGGUGUAGAAGACUCUGGAGUGACAACUUCAGCAACCUCUGAAAUUUUGGAAGUUGAACCCCUGAUAAACAAAUGGACUGUGCCAAGUUCUUCAGUUGCAACUCAAGUUCGCAGUUUACGUAAAGGAAAUAAUGAUCAGGUUGCCAUUGCUAUAGAUAUGGAUCCUGGUAAUAGUAAUAGGCUAGAAGAUGAAGAUGAUGACAAAGUUCAUGGUUUCAAGUCACUUACUACAUCAAGAGUUGUUCCAAGGUUUACCAGACCAGUGACUGACAUGAUUGAUGGCCUUUGGGUUUCUUGUGAUCGGGCUCUGAUGCGUCAACCUGCUUUACGACUUGGUAUUAUAAUCUACUGGGCCAUAUUACAUGCACUUCUGGCAACUUUGGCAAUAUGAGAAAAUCAAAGAUGGGUCCAGGUUCGGUUUAGAAGUUGAACAAUCUUGGCGUCCCUGUCGUAUGAUCAUUUUUUGCUCGUGCUGGCUCUUAAGUUGAUCUCUCUUUUUUUUUUUUCUUCCUAGAUGUUGUCAAAUUGAUUUAUUGUUUAGCCCAACCAUGCAAACGGUGAUUCCUAUUUUUAUUGACAUGAAUCUCAGCUUUGCUUGGUUCAUCAAAUAAAAAGAAAAAUAGAUCCCUUGAGACACAA